AUGCACUGUCACGCUUCACGCACAUGUACUCACAGGAACACGCACAUGGAUGUAGGUACUCACAGGAACACGCACAUGGAUGUAGGUACUCACAGGAACACGCACAUGGAUAUAGGUACUCACAGGAACACGCACAUGGAUAUAGGUACUCACAGGAACACGCACAUGGAUAUAGGUACUCACAUGCACACGCGUACAGUUUACAGGGACAUGAAGCUAACAGUCUUGGCUGCAUUGCUAGCGCUGACGUCAGCCGGGAGAUACGAAAAUGAUGUCGUUUCUCUCGAUUACACGAAAGGAAACGUUCAGAGUAUGGUAGACGUGAGUCAGGACGGCAGCGAUUACCACUUCUCCUGGCGCCAUGACGGAGGCAGGAUGUACGAGUGGGCCUUUGGUAACCAGUACUGUGCCAGUCUAGGGAAGGAAUGGCACGGUGUCAGCAUCGAGAGUCUGGAUGAGGACAGAAGGAUCUCCAGUAUUAUAACUGGAGACCGUAUGAAAUACAUCUGGACUGGAGGUGUUCGCCACAACUACAAGUGGUUGUGGCCUUCAGGAGAGGUCUUUGUCGGUCUGAACUGGUCUCCGACUGGAGGGGACGGCCGCCCACAACCGGACAAUCGAGAAGGGAGAGAAUUGUGUCUUGCAAUUCUCAACAAUUUCUACGAUGACGGAAUUAGGUGGCACGAUGUUGCAUGCCACCACGAGAAGCCUAUCAUAUGCGAGAGAAUUUCCUUUGGGAAUUCCUGAUGUGCAACGCGGGUGUAAAUAAUAAUAAUGAAUAAUUAUAAUUGAAUGGUAAUAACGCUUGCAUAAUGAUUUAAAAGGAUACACGGCCACAGUAAAAUAAUUUAAAAAAAAAUUGAAU